UUCCCUUUUUGUCCUCGGGCACCUCCGGGUGCCAUCACAUGCGCGGACCCCCGCCUGUCACGGGCGGCAAUGCCGUAAGGGCAGAUCUCAAAAAAUAGACUCCAGGUAAGAGGUCCGAACAAUUUUAAUUAAAUGGCAGAGCAUGUGAUGGCGAGACAUACGAAACUAAAGGAACUCACAACCAGAGAGAAUCAAAAACAGAUAACGCAGGGAGACACGAUAAACGGUCCGUGUGGUAUAUUCGUAUUGAGCCUAAAUUUGGACAGCAGUCAGAGCGGCGGCAAACACGGGGCAAAAACGAGUGAAUAUUCCGACGCCCUUUCACGGUGCCCCCUAAAAAGGCUGAUGAUUACAAUGCAUGGCAGGUGCGUCACCGAUGUCAACGCCCACCUUCGCUCACCCAGACACUGCAACACAAAGAAAAACAACUUGAAACACGGGGCCAUGACACCGCCGCAACCAAGCAGGCGGCGUUUUUGUUUUUUCGAAGAAGUCGACCAUGCGGCUCCGAUCGCUUUCCCUAGCCACGAUCGGUCGGCGGGGCCUCAACGAGAAGCUGCCGGCAUCCCGCAGGGCCAGAGCUCGGCUCGCCACCAGGUCAACCGGCCGGGAAGUUAUGAGCGCAUCCCAAAUGGGACAACAAAUUCCCUUUCCUACUUCUUUUUAUUUUUGUACAUCUGUUUUUUCUUCAACCAAACCUUCUUCAUUUCCACCAGAGGUCCGCAGGAAGACAACCCCAAAGACCAGCUGAUCAGCGUUCGUGAGUGUCUUCAAUCCUGAAAAAUCUACAGCGAUCUAACAGCGAUGCUGUGCCACAGCCUUCCCCUCUGUCUGUGCCCCUCAUUCUCCCGUGAGGCCCAUGUGACCUAGCCUACGCCCACACAUAGGGGGCACCCACUGCCGCUGGAGCCCACCCAUGAAUCCCAGCCCUGACCGCGGCAAAGAGUGCCUCCCUCCCAAGAAGAGGGAGUCUCGGCAAGGGUCGUCAGAACACUACCUUCCCCCGACAGAUGAAUUCAAGCCCCCUGUGCCGUUUCGGAGUAGGACCAACGUAGGGCGAGGGGAGAGCAGCAGGGAGGUUGGGGAAAGGCAGCGAGCUCUAACUACCCCAAACCCGCAUCUCCUACAAACUCCUCCGCCCCUACCUGCUCCAGCACCGCUGCACCUGCCGUGGCCCCUGAGCUACACUUCAUCUGUGUCCCUUCCAGUCUUUCAAGGACAUGUUGUGGAAAGGAGGGGCUCUGGCUCUCCUGCCUGGAGAGAUGAUCCCCUCUCAACACCACUGCCUCACCACUCCAGGUGGCUUCGAGCUGAAGGGCCCCUUUCCUCCCCAUCCUCCACUUGCUCUUUUAAGACUCCCUUCCCAGCAGAUUCAAGAGAGAUGUGGUCUUACAUUAACAGCGGUCGACGAGAUUACAGCUCCUCUCUCUUCUCCUCAUCCUACUUGUUUGGCCAUAGCUCUCUCUACCCUCACGAGCCAAGUUUAGUUGAAGCCAGACACAGAUACUUGGGCAAGAGGCCCAAUGGGCUGGAGGGGUCGGGCAGCAGGACUGCCUCCACUUCCAGGCCUUUGCUCACAGGGGAUUACGGCCAUGAUAGCAUCAGAACUAGACUCGAAACAAGUCCACAGAGCUCCCAUAGUAAUGGUGGGCGGAGACAGCAAGAAAAUCUGACACCUCAUGCUCAAUCCGGGGCCCCAUUUUUUUCAGACUUUCAAGCUCAGGAGGGCCAUGAGCCACAUUCCUCACUGCAGGACAGACAUCGGCAAAGAAUACCGACCAGCCCCCAUCUUCUGGGACAAGACCCCAGGGCAGGUAAAGAGGGAUUACUGGACACCGUGGGGGCCCCGUCAGCUGAAGCUCACAUCUACUACUCUUUGGGAUCUGUCUGCCAGCCGAGCCCUCAGACCUCCCAGUCCUGCUCACUCCACAGUCCCUCAGGAACACCACUGUAUAACUUGCAAGUAGAGCCAGGCCCAAAGAAGUACAAUCCAAGGAACUCCCCUAACUCACCGCAGGGUCUAUUGAAUAGCCAUGACAGGUCCCAAAAAGACCAUGACAGAGACCAAGUCAAAGACAGAGAAAAGACUGUGCAUAGGGACAGGGAGCGAGGUAAAGACAAAGAGAAGCACCUGAAACAUAACAGGGAUCAAGUUCACACCUCACCCCCUACCCUUCACCCAUCGCCCCCCGCGCUCCUACCUCACUUCACCAAGGGGUCGCUCAUUGAGCUGGCCAGCGGGCAGUUGAAACAGGUGGAGGAGCUGCAGACAGAGGACUUCUUGAGGAGUGCAGAUACGUCCCCAGAGUUCCAUCUGAGCACCUGCACGGUGUUGCUCAUUUCGCCCAGCAGUACACCGGGCGUCAGCCAUCUGCAGGUCCACCUCACAGACCGCAACACUCAGGAGUUACUGAAGGUCUUGGUGGAGUAUCCAUUCUUCGUCCAGGACCAAGGCUGGUCUUCUUGUUGCCCUCGGAGAACAACACAACUCUAUGGCCUUCCCUGCCGCCAGCUUACAGAGGGAGAUGUCUGCCUUGCUCUCACCCCCACACCCAAGCAACUCCACCGGACACAUGUGCGUUACUCCUCCAGGGUCCAAUGCACACAAAACCUUUCCAGGGCUGUGGCAGGAGGGUCGAGCAGCUCACACAGAGAGAAAAUGCCACCUCCUCCGCCUCCUCCCCCUCUCUACCAACACCCGCCUCCUACUGGGCCUCCGCAUACUCCGGCUGAAAAACCUCAGACUCAGGAGCUUGGGCGCCCUCGGAAACGGCGCUGGUCAGCCCCUGAUGUCCUUCCCUCAACAGGAACUGAUGAAAGCCUCCUGGAUUUACCUCAAGGCUCCAAGCUGAUGAAGUGGUAGUAGAAACUUGCACAUGCACACGUUCACCAACAGUAAGCAGAUGUAUAAGCGCCAUGUCUCUGUUGCUCCCACUAGAGUUUCAGGUAUGGAAAAAAAGAACAAUCAAAAAUUACGGGUGUUCACACUGCUGCCCUAAGGCUUAAACAUGUCUACUUGUUGCACCUCUCCUUCCCCCUCUUUUGUUUUCCUUUCCUUUCCUUAGCAGUGAAAGGAGCAGCCACUGAAAGAUGUCUGAGUGGCUUCUUGCAGACACACUGAAGACAUUAGUGAGACAAUCAAGUACUCGUCUGUGUUCACUCUGUUUAUGUAACAGUCAUCCCAUACACAUACGUACCGACAGUGGGUCCUGCAGGGUAUCAAUUUCAAUCAGUGUUAUGAAAGUAAGCGCUAUUCAUACAUUGCAGAUAUAUAUAUAUAUAUAAAGAUAUGAACAAAAAAUGUUACUAAAUAUCUUACACGUGUACAGUGAGUAUGCUAAACAGAUUUAAUGCAAUUUUGUCCAGAUAUGUAGUGUUCGACUUUUUUUCUUGCUUCUCAACCAUUGUGUAUGCGUCAGUCUGGGCAGGCAAGAUGAAUGUAUGAGCGCAAGCAACUCUUUGCCUUCUUCAAAUCUUAUCACCUUCAACGAGUUGUUUGUCAAGGCAUUACUCUCCAAUAUGUUCUUAACAUUAUCUCUCAGAAGAGAUGGGAGAACACUAAGGAAAACUGCGUAUGAGACAAUCAUGCCCACAUGGACAGAUGUGUACCAUAGCCUACACACUGAUUUCCAUUAAAAGCUGAAUGGUGGAAAGAGUGCAGUAAGAUAGAAGAGUAAUGGUGCUAAUAACACGUUGGAGCAUGAUGCGUUGUGGAUAUGCUCAACCCCUGUUUACUGUACACUUGUGUUUUCCAUUUCAUUGUUACGUACUGUAUACAGUAUGUCUGAAAGCAGGGAAAAUGAUGAAAGUAUUUUAAACUCUGAUACGGGUAUCUGCUCUGAUUCAGCAGUCUUUCACUUUAGUUUUUGUGACAAAAGCAUCCUUGUAAAUUAUUCCUUCUCAAUGUCAUAGCUACAAAAUGUAUAUUUUUUAAAAUUGUGAAUCUGUUCUAUGAUGUACGCUAGAAAUAAAUGGAAAAAAAGCUUCGUAGA